AUGUCGUUUGCUUUGCCCGCUCGUCAGGUCACUUUUGGCCGUUCCAACGUCUCGGCUCAACAACAACAGCUGUAUCAGCAACAGCAGAUUCAGCAACAGGUUCAACAGCAGCAAAAGCAACAACUUCAGCAGCAGCAGGCUCAGCAGAGCGGUGGUCUAGCGUUACCCGGCGGGGCUUACCUUCAGAAACCUACCAAUCCGGCGGGUCCCUCUCCAUUAUCGAACUCUUUUCAGCCUUCAUUGCAGGCUUCACAUCCUCAGACAAACCCAGUACUAGCACAGUCUCAAACUCCACCGUCGACUGUCGGCUCUCCGUCGAAUGCCGUGGCUGGUCCAUCCACUCCAUCUGCCGUCCCUGCUACACCUGCACCGCUGACCCUCGAACAGCAGCAUAUCACUGCUGUCGAAGGCAUUGUGCCCACUCUUCAAAACAUCGUCGCGACGGUCAACCUCGAUUGCCGACUAGACCUCAAAACCAUCGCCUUACAUGCGCGGAAUGCAGAGUACAACCCCAAGCGUUUCGCAGCCGUGAUCAUGCGUAUUCGUGACCCCAAGACUACUGCGCUCAUCUUUGCGUCGGGCAAGAUGGUUGUAACUGGGGCCAAGUCCGAAGAUGAUUCCAGGCUUGCAUCACGGAAAUAUGCCAGGAUUGUACAAAAGCUCGGGUUCGAUGCUAAGUUCUCGGAAUUCAAAAUCCAAAAUAUCGUUGGCAGUUGCGACGUCAAGUUCCCCAUUCGUCUAGAGGGGCUUGCAUACAGCCACGGACAGUUCAGCAGCUACGAACCCGAGCUUUUCCCUGGUCUGAUUUACCGCAUGAUCAAACCGAAAGUUGUUCUUCUAAUAUUCGUAUCUGGCAAGAUCGUUUUGACUGGUGCUAAGGUCAGAGAAGAGAUCUACACCGCAUUCAACACUAUCUACACUGUGUUGUGCGAAUUUCGGAAACCAUAG